UACUAUCAUUUGGACGAUAGACUACUACGCGAGCUGAUUGGACAUAAGCUGACCAGUCGGUAUCGACGCGAUUUUGCAGAAUUGUCAGAGCGUCUGGAGCUGCGUGUACGCAGCUGCCGACGCCAGCUAGCUAAUUUGCGCACUGUCAUGCAAGCAGUUAUUUUGGCUGAGGAAGAAGCUAUCGCUUCAGGGAGCCAAGAACCAUCAGCUCGAUUCACGACUCUCCGUUCUGCAAUUGCAGAAGUGGCAACUACAAAUCCUUCUAUUGCUCCAAACGCCAAUUCUACUUCGGCUGUUUGCUUGCACCCAGGAAGUCGCGACGCUUUGUAUAGUGAUACCGAUCCCCAGCAAAGACCCUCACGGCUAACUUGUCUCAUCAUUGGUCUUUUCCACCUGCCUGAGGAGUUGUCAGCCAAAUAUGCUUCCAUGGUUUUCCUCACAACUCACAAGUAG